AUGGCUUGGUAUUUGUUCAUCACUAUUGAUAUUCAAACUAUCUUGAUUGCUAUUGGCAUAGUCACAAUGAUCUUCUUCAUCUUUUACCAAAUCUUAUAUGGAUUGUUCUUUUGGUACUUGGAAUUAAGCCCAGAGGAAUUGCGUGAUAUCGAAGAAGCGAUCCAUCAAUCAUAUGGAGAUACACCUAAUCACCAUAUUAUCCUCUUGGAAGCUCUUAUCCAGAGAGAUAUAGAAAAUUCGUCGGUCGUGGUGGACGACAAGGAACGAGGACAGAAACUUAGAGCCUCCAAUAAACUGCCACCAUUGGUGAGCUAUGGCAUGCAUGGCGCAACGAAAAGUCGUUGCGAUGAAUGUGCCAUUUGCUUGGAAGAUUUUGAAGAUGGACAAUGUUGUCAAGUGUUUCCUGUGUGCAAGCACAUGUAUCAUUCAAAUUGUAUAGACAAUUGGUUACAAAAGAAUGUGACAUGCCCAAUAUGUCGUAGUUGCAUUGUGUAA